GCCUGGAUGCGUGUGCGUGUGCGCGCUGCUACUUUGUACUGUGAAGAACACCCAGCCCAUGUGCUCUGUAUGGAUGUUGGUGAUACUCCGGGUAGCUUGAGUCUCUGCGAGCAGGCAAGAUGUCCAGCGCACCACAUGACCCUUUCUAUUCUUCUCCUUUUGGCCCGUUUUACAGGAGACACACGCCGUACAUGGUGCAGCCCGAGUACCGAAUCUAUGAAAUGAACAAGCGGCUGCAGUCGCGGACGGAGGAUAGUGACAACCUCUGGUGGGAUGCCUUUGCAACUGAAUUUUUUGAAGAUGAUGCAACCUUAACCCUUUCAUUUUGUUUGGAAGACGGACCAAAGCGAUACACAAUUGGAAGGACCCUCAUUCCUCGUUAUUUUAGCACUGUCUUUGAAGGAGGUGUAACAGACCUGUAUUACAUUCUCAAGCACUCAAAAGAGUCAUACCACAACUCAUCCAUCACAGUGGACUGUGAUCAAUGCACCAUGGUCACUCAGCAUGGAAAACCCAUGUUUACCAAGGUAUGCACAGAAGGACGUCUUAUCUUGGAGUUUACUUUUGAUGAUCUUAUGAGAAUAAAAACAUGGCACUUUACUAUUAGACAGUACAGAGAAUUAGUCCCACGCAGCAUUCUAGCCAUGCAUGCACAAGACCCUCAGGUGCUGGAGCAGCUGUCCAAAAACAUCACUCGAAUGGGUCUGACAAACUUCACCCUCAACUACCUCAGGUUGUGUGUAAUACUGGAGCCAAUGCAGGAACUGAUGUCAAGACAUAAAACUUACAAUCUAAGUCCUCGAGACUGCUUGAAGACGUGCUUGUUUCAAAAAUGGCAAAGAAUGGUGGCCCCACCAGCAGAACCCACAAGACAACCGACAACCAAACGGAGAAAAAGGAAAAACUCUACCAGCAGCACUUCCAACAGCAGUGCUGGGAACAACACAAAUAGUACCAACAGCAAGAAAAAGUCAGCUGCUGCAAACCUGAGUCUAUCAAGUCAGGAUGUGAUGGUGGUAGGAGAACCAACUCUGAUGGGAGGCGAAUUUGGGGACGAAGAUGAAAGGCUUAUCACUAGAUUAGAGAACACACAGUAUGAUGCAGCAAAUGGCAUGGAUGAUGAAGAAGAUUUCAACAAUUCACCUGCACUGGGAAAUAACAGCCCGUGGAACAGCAAACCUCCUGCUAACCAGGAGACUAAACCUGAAAACCCCACACCGCAAGCUUCCCAAUAGGUUGUUCUGCAGCCGUACCCACUGCAGUGUACGUCGGUGGGUUAUUAAUUCCUGUUUCACAGCAUUCUUCAAAACAAAAUUUUAAAAACCACCUUUCAACAGAUACAGUAUCUAUUUCUAAACUAAAGCUAUCUGAUUUUUUUUAAUUAAGGAAAAACUCUUGUAUAAGCUUUCAUAUACAUUUCUUGGAGGCAUUCACAUGCAACAUGAUACUGGCACUGACCUCAAUUAAAAUAAUUGAAAAUUAAAUAGCAUCUCAUGGCAAAUUUCUGACAAUGCAUUUUGUUGGAAAGGGUUGUGUUUUUCCUCUUCAAACAAUGGCCAUAUUUUAACAAGUCAUCAGUGCUCAGGAUCUCAUUAACUAUGAGUAACUAUGUAUAACUUUUUACAAUUGUAAUAUA